GCUGAGCUUAUAUGAGUCUUCUCAAAGUGGGUAAAUUCAGCAUGGGUAAUCUAGAAAAGCUGCAUAUCAGAAAUCCUUUCCGAAUUUAAUAAGACAAAUUGGUUACUAAGCCACUCAAAAAGUAUGAUGUGAGGCCGUUCUGAGCCUAGCCUUCAGCACAGAGUUUGCCCCAAUGUCUAGAAACAGAUAUAAAGAAUUUCUAGUGAUCAGUUUCCAAGCUAUGAAAUAGCAUGGCAAUUUACUAAACCUCAUCAAAACUCUUUCAAUUAACAACAUUAUUCAGGAGAGAAAAGUAUUGUGAUAUAAUUGGACAAGUGAAGAGCUUUGGCAGGCUAACUGUGCAAUUCUGUAAGUAGAAAAUCUCCUCUCCUUGUAUUCUGGCCCUAGACUCUGUGGAGGGUAAAAACAGGGCUAGAAAUGAUACGCUUUAAUUUAUUUUGAUGAGGGAGAUUUGAUACCAACUAUCGAUUUCUUUAUCUUUGUUAAGUUUCACGCUAACAAUCUGAUAUUAAUAAUACCUAAAAUUUGAAUCUUAAGGGAAGCUUAAUUCUCUUUGAGAUCCAUUCUAAAACUUCUGGAUUAACCUAUUCAAUCUUAAACUUGCACAUUCCAA